AUGCUAGAUCAGAUCCCGCUCAACUGCUUCGCAAACGUCGCUAGGUUUCUCUCGCAAGAUGACAAGGUUUGUUUGACUCGGGUAUCGAGGUCGAUGUAUGACAGAACUGUCCCGUAUCUAUACCGAAGGUUGUACCUGAACAGGAGACCACACUUUCGUAGCGAUCUGGACACCUCUUUGGGAGUCCAGACGUGGUCUGUGCUGCGUAUCCCGCUUCUUGGCUCUCGAGAGGAGGAAAUCGUCGAAGCGGAACAUGCUUUCAGAUUAUUGGUUAGAUCUCUCCGGUCGAACGUCAGGCUCUGCCACUACAUCAAGUCGGUGUACUGCGCGUUGCACAUAAAUCGCGAUAUCCUAUUUGAGCUUAUCAGUCUUUUGACGGAUAACGGCACAGUUUUGCAGUUCUUUGACAAUUAUCUAGAGCUGGAUGUUAUGCAAGAGUUAUCAUGGAUUGCCCCUCGGUUAAAAUCAUUGAAUGUGCCUCCGCCAAGUAAGCUUCCUGAGCAAAGGGCCACGGGUGAAUACUGGCUGGAAAUCGCCCGUCUGCAGAGCUACUAUGAUUGGGACAUGAUCAGAUCGCUGACGCUACAUAUCCCUGCUUCCACGCUUUUGGGCUGGUUCUCGAAACCUUUGAGAAUAUCGAGCCUCACCCUUAACUUGAGGCCGGACACCUAUCUAUAUGCCCAGCAGCCGCUUUACGCAUUGUUUGAUGUCGAUACCCUCAAAGAACUGAGGAUAGUGUCAUGGUAUAAAGGAGCAGAUACCAAUGUCUGCAAGAUGUGGCGCUUGUACGAUUUCUACAGGUUCCGUAAUGUAACAUCCCUGACUUUGUUGUCUUUGGAUGCGAACAAUGAAUAUCUGAGAGAAUGUGCUCAGCACUUUACCAAAUUGGAGAAACUACAGGUUGACUUUCUCCUCGAUGUUCCGCUGGAUGGCACGACCUUGAGCGCUUUUCGAAAGGCGGAGUGUUCCCAGACCUUGAGGUACAUCGAUGUGAAGUUUGAACCGCUAGAUCCACCGCUGCUCUCAAUCAACAGGAAUUACUUUCUCCCGAGACUAACAUGUCGCUGUAGCGAUUGCCGAGAAACCUUCGAACAGAUUAUAAUAAAAAAAUACUUUCCAACUCAGGAGAAAUUGCGCAUCAAUAGCAUGCUUGAUGUCAAUGCGAGAAACUUCAUAAUGCACAUGUUCACAUUGUUUCCCAUACUGCCGCACACUGACUUCAUCGACAGCAAACCUGCUAUAGCUUACCUGUAUUGCACACCGGAGGAGCAUGCAGCUAAAGUCAAUGAGCUUCUUCGACACGAUCCUUCUAGUGACAAAGCCAUUACUGCUCAAGACAUUAUAUGUUUGUAUUACGCUCACAUUCACUCUCUCAAGAGGACAUUCGAUUACUUCAAUUCAGGAUUCCCGCAAUUGGAGUUCUUGGUCCUCAAUGAUUUGCCAACACGAAUAACGCGUGGAGAGCGCCAGCAGACCGUCAAUAUGCCACUGUUUUAUUCCCAAAAUUAUACAAGUAAUCAGGAAUAUUUGAUAGUAAAUGAUGAGUCGCUAUUCGAUUGA